CCUGGGACGACCCGGGGUGGACUGCUACUGUCAGCAUGAGAGCGGAGCAGCUGUUCUUCAGCUCCAGUUCCUCAUCAACGAGGGGGCGCUGGUCACGGCCUGUGCCGAUGACACGCUACACUUGUGGAACCUGCGCCAGAGGCGGCCGGCUGUCCUGCAUUCACUCAAAUUCAACAGAGAGAGGAUUACGUUCUGCCACCUGCCCUUCCAGAGUAAAUGGCUGUAUGUGGGCACGGAGCGCGGAAACACACACAUCGUCAACAUCGAGUCCUUCAUUCUGUCCGGAUACGUCAUCAUGUGGAACAAGGCCAUAGAACUAUCAACUAAAACUCACCCAGGACCCGUAGUUCAUUUGAGCGACAGCCCAAAGGAUGAAGGCAAGCUGCUUGUAGGGUUUGAGAGCGGGACCAUCGUCCAGUGGGACCUCCGGGCCAAGAAGGCCGACUUUAGAAUCUACUACGAUGAGGCCAUCCAUUCAGUCAGCUGGCAUCACGAAGGGAAGCAGUUCAUGUGCAGCCACUCCGACGGCAGCCUGACGCUAUGGAACCUCAGAAACACCACCAAGCCAUUCCAGGUCACCUUCCCUCAUGGAAAGAUCCAGAAGGACGGGAGGAAGGAAUCGUGUAAACCCAUCCUCAAAGUGGAGUACAAGACCUCCAGAAGCAGCGAGCCUUUUGUUAUCUUCUCCGGGGGUCUUUCAUACGACAAGGCGGGACGACGGCCAACAUUAACCAUCAUGCACGGCAAGGCCAUCACUGUUCUGGAGAUGGACUACCCCAUUGUGGAGUUCAUGGUGCUCUGCGAGACACCUUACAACAACGAGGUACAGGAGCCCUAUGCAGUGGUGGUGCUUUUGGAAAAGGACCUAAUCGUGGUGGAUCUGACGCAGAGCAACUUCCCCGUCUUUGAGAACCCGUACCCCAUGGACGUCCACGAGUCUCCGGUUACCUGCACAGCCUAUUUUGCAGACUGUCCACCAGACAUUAUCCCCAUCCUCUACUCUAUAGGAGCUAAACACAAGAAGACGGGCUACAGCCAAAAGGAAUGGCCAAUUAGUGGAGGGACGUGGACGUUAGGCUCCCACACCUACCCAGAGAUCAUCAUUACAGGACAUGCUGAUGGAUCAAUUAAGUUUUGGGACGCAUCUGCAAUCACACUGCAGAUGUUGUACAAGCUGAAGACCUCCAAAGUGUUUGAGAAGCCAAAGCCGGGUGAAGGUCGGGCUGCCGAGCUGGUGGAAGAAGACCCGUUCGCCGUUCAGAUGGUCAGCUGGUGUCCUCAGAGUCGCAUCUUCUGUGUGGUUGGCAUCUCGGCUCACAUCAUCCUGUAUCGCUUCAGCAAGUAUGAUGCCAACACUCAGAUAGUGUCACUUGAGGUGCGCUUGCAGUGUGAGACGGAGGACGUCAUCUCCCCGUCAGAGAACGAAAACAAUCCCUGCUUCUCAGAGCAAGGCUCCCACUCACCCCAGCCCCACCACCAACACCCAGCCAGCCCUGGCAACAGGACACCGGAGGGCAUCAAGGACAGCAUCCCCUGCCUCAAGGUGAAGGACCGGGUUGUCCGGGUCCCGCCCGGCUACCAGUCAGAGCUGGUCAUCCAGCUGCUGUGGGUCGAUGGAGAACCUCCACAACAGAUCACCAGCUUGGAUAUCAACUCUGCCUACGGCCUCUUGGCGUUUGGGAACUGCAACGGCGUAGCGGUGGUGGACUACUUGCAGAAAACCAUCCUGUUGUGCAUGUCGACGCUGGAUCUGUACGGAGCCGCCGACCCCUACCAGCGCCUUACCCGUUCCCCCCGCAGGAACAGACAGUCCACCUCAGGCCUUACUGAACUCACCGACAACCAGCAGUCCAUCGACAUGGAGAGAAGCAAGUCGCCCACUUCAGAUCAUGUCAAUGGACAUUGCACUAGCCCCACCUCCCAGCCCUGCUCGGCGGGGAAGCCUCGCGUUCCGAUGGGUCCUGAGGGGCCACGGCUUACCCGCAGAGGCCCUGGCCGACCACCCUUCCGCAAGGCCCAGUCCGCUGCUUGCAUGGAGAUCUCUUUGCCUGUGUCCCACACUGAAGAGAGUCGCGAGAACUCCUUCAGCCGCUCGCGCAGCUCCAGCGUGUCCAGCAUCGACCGGGACACCAAGGAGGCCGUCACCACGCUGCAGUUCGGGGAGUCCUACGGGCGCAAGAGCGACGCCCUGCCCACCCCGUGUCUGUGGGUGGGCACUAGCUUAGGCGUGGUCCUGCUCAUCCCCAUGUCCAUUCCCACCGACCAGGAGGAGAGGAUGGAGGAACCCGUCACCAUCGGGCCCAGCGGAGCUGUCCUGAUGCUGAAGGGCUCCGUGCUGCGCUUCGCCUUCUUGGACUGCAUGGGAGCUCUCAUUCAGAGUCCCUACGAGGUUUGGCGGGACCUCAACGCCCCCGAGGACCCCGACCGGCCGCGAAGGCGUAAGCUGGUCCACUUCUCGCCAUCGUCCUCCCAGGACGCCUGCGGAGACGGUCACUUGGCGGUGGUGUGCUCCGAGAGGCAGGCCAAGGUUUUCCUGAUGCCCUCGCAGUCCUGCCUCUUCGUCCACAACAUCACGGAGUCGUCCUUCGUGCUGCGAGCCGACGUGGUAUCCGUGUGCAACAGCGUGUGCCUGGCCUGCUUCUGCGCUAACGGACACGUCAUGACGCUCAGCUUGCCCAGUUUAAGGCCACUGAUGGAUGUUAAUUACCUGCCUCUGACGGACAUGCGCAUCGCCAGAACCUUCUGCUUCACCAACGGGGGGCAGGCGCUAUACCUCAGCUCCCCCACAGAGAUCCAGAGAAUCACAUACAGCCAGGAGAUGUGCGACAACCUGCAGGAAAUGCUGGGCGAGCUGUUUACACCAAUAGAAACACCAGAAGCCCAGAACAGAGGAUUCUUGAAGGGCUUCUUUGGAGGAAAUGCCCACACCUUCGACAGAGAAGAGCUUUUUGGCGAAGCAGCAGCCGGUAAGGCUUCCCGGAGCCUGGCGCAGCACAUCCCCGGGCAGGGAGGGGUGGAGGGCAUGAAGGUCGCGGCGAGCGGAGCGGUGGGCGAGUUGGCACGAGCUCGUAUCGCUCUGGAUGAGCGAGGCCAGCGGCUGGGCGAGCUGGAGGAGCGAACCGCCCUCAUGAUGACCAGCGCAGAGACCUUCUCCAAACACGCUCACGAGCUGAUGCUGAAGUGCAAGGACAAGAAGUGGUACCAGUUCUAAUAGCAGGACGGCGGGCCGGGGCUGCCCUUGGACU